AUGUCUGUCAAUCGAUACGAGUCAUCGGAUCAGAUUGUAGGGACCGGAUGGAGGCAGAUUGCAGCGGAUUACGACGCUUCAUACCGCCGCGCCGCGCCGCGCCGCCUGCCGAUAUCUUAUGAUUCCAGGUCCUCAAGGCUGCUCUCCGCUCACAGUCUGUUAGUCUCGGUAGCUAUAAAUUAUGAUCCGAGGACGAGGCACGAGCACGAGCACGAGCCAGCGUCGUUAAACAAACUGGCCGUCAAUAACCCAGUGCAAUGGCAACAUUGUUUACAUCUACAGUUGUAUCGAGACCCUAAGGACCGAUUCAAAAAAGGACAAACAAAGGCAUCACUCUCACUCCAACACUUUCUCGGAUUUGAAUCGGGGUUUACACUGGACAAGGAAUCAAAUACUAUUGCAAUAAUUUGCCAAGAUGUGAUAGUAGUAUUAGCAUUUGAAACGAGAGAAAGAUUGAUUUCUUGGCAAGUAAAAGUUGGCGGGCAACUUGGUUCUUCUAAAGAAUUUUUGGUAAUAAUCGGAGGAGGUGGAUCAAGAAAGUUACUGGCUGGGCCUGCGAGAUUACAUCUUCAAGGAAGAAAGUUUGCUUUAACAAGCGGCGUUCCUCCAAGAAUAUUAGGUUUAUGGGAGCUGGCACAUUUAAGGCGGUAUGGCGUGGUGGAGGGAAGAUUUUGUUUCGAAGGUGGUUCGCACUGUGGCAAAGGAGAAGGACUUCACAUGUUAAUUACAGACCAAGCCCAAGACAUCACAGAUGCAUUUGAUCAAGCAGCUCAACGAAAUAUUACACCUCGAACACCAAGAGGUCAAGAUCGAGACUCAAAGUCACGUCCAAGUACGAGAUUAUCCGACUUUAAUACUCUGGAGCACUCAUUGCAAGAUGGUGGAAGUGCUCUGUAUGAGGAAAAUUAUUUUGGUGAAGAUUGCAGUGAAGCUUCAGCAUUCUGGCCUUCUUCAGAAAAACGAGAAUUCGAAAAUUGCGAGAAUAGACCUGAUACGGAUAUGGGUGCAAAACCACCGUGGAGUGGAGCUGAUCAUAUAACUCUAGAACGAUGCAGUAAUUGUUUAACAAAACUUGGAUCUGUGUCCAGAUGUUCUACGGUAGCUUUAAGACCAGAAGCAAAUUUUAAUCCCGCAUGGACGAUGGAAGCCGUACACGAAAGUGGUUCAGAGAAAUCCUCUAACAGUAGCGAAUACUCAACCACAAACUUGAUGAAAAAUCAUCCAAGUUCUUGUGAUUGUAAAGAUCAACCUCCAAAAAGACCACCAAAACCUCAACACUUGGAGCAAAAAUUGCAAAAUACAUGUGUUCCUUUAUCAACUAAAGAAACAAAUCCCAAAAUUAAUCCAAAAGUAGGUCCAUAUGAAAACUAUGACGUUCCUAAAAUGUCAUACGCCAAAGAUAGUGAGAUUGAAAAUUCAGAGUAUUAUGACACUCCAAAAAGGAUAAAGAAAGCUUUAGCUGAAGAUCUAUUUCGAGUAACCAAAACUUCCUCACCAGACUCGUUGGUUCUUAAGAAAAACUGUGGAUGUAUUCUUAAAUUUGGUUCUAAAAAGAAGCCUCUUAUUGUAGAAAGCGAUGAAAGUUUACCUUCUGCUGACUGUCCAUGUCAAAAAGUUACUAAUUGGGCUAAUAACCUGAUUAGUCUUCCUUAUUGCAGAAAAAGUACCAAAGAAGAAAACAAUGAUGAUGUAUUAUUAAAUAGUAAUCAAAUUAAUGAUACUGCUAUUUAUGCAACUGUAGACAUUUCAAGAAAAAUAAAUAGGCGAAUGACUGCUACGCAGCCGGAAAAUGAUUCAGAAGACUCGAAUGAACCAAUUUCCACUAAUUAUCAGAAUUUAGGACCAAAGGAAGAGAAAGAUUUUGAAGGUCCAUAUGCAAACUAUGAGAAUCUUGAGUUUGCUCUAUCUUUGGAAUAUUAUGAGAAUGCUAAAGACUUAUUGAAAAAGGCUGGGGUAACGCAGAGCGAAUUAGAUGCGUUAAGUUCUAAUUUGGACUUAACUGGAACUGCACUACCUAUCAAACCUCGCUUAUGUUUAAAAUGUGGUCACUGUAAGUCAAUGACACAUGAAAACAAAAAUAAAAGUGACGAAUAUUUACUUAUGGAACCACCAAGUGAAGUAACCAGCGUAAUGGUCAAAAAAACUCUAGGAAACAAUCCUGGGUACACGCCUAUGUCUCCAAACCCCAACUGGUCACAAAGUUUAAGGCACCCGAUUACAAAAUUAAAUCGUACCGAAAUAGAAAAAUCCUUUAGCAUACCAACACUAAAUAGAAAUAAAAGCUAUGAUGUUGCUCACGAAGUAAGUAAAGAAACUAUUCAAAAGAGAUCUUGUUCCGUAGAUUCAGCAAGACUCCUUGAAGAUUUAAAAGAAUUUGAUAGUAGUAUAGGAAGCCAUGCAACAUCAUCUUCGUUGGAAACUUUAAGGAAUCUGGUAUUAGAAAAUCGCCUUUCCAUGAAUUGUGAUAAGGACCGAGAAUGUUACGAGUGUUGUAAGUCUUCAGGGUCUGAUAAUAAAACUUCCGAAGAAAGUCCCUCCAAAGAAAUGCCUCACUUACGUAACAAGCAUAUGGAUAAUGCUGCCAUAAAACGAUCCUCCAGCGUACCUUGCAAAGGUGGAAAUAGAGAUUCCUCGAGUUCAAAUGAUUCAGGAGUUUCGAGUUGUUCACUGAAACACGGCGGCGAAUUUCAAGAAUAUGAAAUGCCUUUAACGUCAAUGCAUUCACGUUAUCAUUACAUAGUUCAAAAAAGAUUGCGAGGUAAUUUGUCAGGAUCCAUACACUCAUCACUGCCAAGAAAAUCAAAGUCCUCAGAUCCUUUAAGAGACCAGCCUAUGCAAAUUCAUAAAAAUAAUGCAUCUGGCAAGUCAUCUUCUGCGGAAGCUGAAGUUCCUAUUUUACCUCCGAAACAGUUCAAAGGUGUUUUAGACACUCACAGUACUUCAAGUGGCACAUCCGACAUGUCGGAUUAUAUUGAAACAUUAUCGUUGACUUCUUCACAUUCAUCGUCUGAUAAUCCUAGUGGUAUGAGAAUAAAUCGACAACCAACGAAUACUUUGCGACCCCGAUCUGGAAAGGAAUACCAUAAUUUGGAUCCAAUAUUAACAUCGAUGUAUAAAAAUGGAAAAGACUUAAAUAACUAUACGAAUCUGCCCUGA